GUGUUAGUGUCUGUCCAAUCCCUAAUACUGGUAGCAGAACCAUAUUUUAAUGAACCGGGUUAUGAACGAUCAAGAGGGACUCCGAGUGGUACCCAGAGCUCCAGGGAGUACGAUGGAAACAUACGGCAGGCUACAGUCAAGUGGGCAAUGCUUGAACAAAUCAGAAAUCCAUCACCCUGUUUUAAGGAGGUCAUCCACAAACAUUUUUACUUGAAAAGAGUGGAGAUCAUGGCUCAGUGUGAGGAAUGGAUAGCAGACAUCCAGCAGUACAGCAGUGACAAACGCGUGGGCAGGACUAUGUCCCAUCAUGCAGCAGCUUUAAAGCGUCACACGGCCCAGUUGCGGGAAGAACUUCUAAAACUUCCCUGUCCUGAAGGAUUGGAUCCAGACCUCGAUGACGCCACAGAAAAAUGCAGUGCCACAGCAAGUUCAGAAGAGACUAUGUUGCACGAACAGGUUAAACCCAGCAGCAGUAAAGAUAUCCCCACUGAUUUCAAGUUAUGAGUUCCAUUGACAUGGACUUUCUAGACACAAAGGCUUUGAAGCACAAGCCAAAUAUGUCAAUAUUUGUAUGUAAGAAGCUAAUUAUAUAAUAGGUAAUGAAAUUGAAACUAUACUAUGCCCUUAAGGAUAUACAGUUUAAUUCAAGAUGAUCUUUUAUUUACCUGUACAAGAGUGUAAACUUUUUUGUGCUUUUAUUUUUCAAUUGUGAGAACCACUGAUUGGUAUGUUUAAAAACUUAUCUAUACAAGAAAUGGAUAAAUCGCUGAUAUAUAAGGGAAACUACCUUAGGAAAGAAUGUUUACUGAAUGUUUAUUAUUUUUUUUUACUUGUAGAGUGAGGGCGGUUGUAACAAAGAAUAUAUAUUGGUCAUUCUUACAGCUACUAUUUAAAGUCAGAAAAUUUUCACUGAAUUUGAUAGAUUUUACGUUUGGCCAUAUAUUCAUGCUCAUAUUUGAUUCUAAAGAAAACCUCCUGUAUACUUCAAUAAACGUUAAAUGGACAUGAUCCCUCUUUUAUGAUUUACUGGUACAUUUUUUAAAUAAACUGCCAUAAAAUACGUUCUAGCUGAAGACUUGCACUCGUAUGACUGAAUUCAUUACAGUCAACAUAUUUAAUUCUAUGCUUACUAAUUCUAAAAUGCAGAUGAUAAAAAUGCACAUGGUUUUACCUCAUG